AUCAACCUUGUCUUUUAUCUCGUGAUUCACCAAACCCAAACACCUCUUUUCGCGUUCCAACUUCUCUUUCAAUGGCAUCUUCUUCUUCUUCUUCUCUUUCCCUCUCACCAGACACCAAAGACCUUUCUCACCCAUCUGGUGAGGUUCAUGUUAUUGUGGGCCCCAUGUUCGCUGGCAAGACCACUGCGCUUCUUCGUCGUAUCAAAUCUGAGCUGAACGCUGUCAGGAAUGUGGUGAUGUUGAAGUCAAGCAAGGAUACACGAUAUGCGAUUGACUCGGUUGUGACGCACGAUGGGGUUAAAUUUCCUUGUUGGGCGUUACCGAAUCUCUUGUCUUUCAGAGAAGAAUAUGGCCACGAUGCUUAUCAGAAGUUGGAUGUGAUUGGCAUAGACGAAGCACAAUUUUUUGAGGACCUAUACGAGUUUUGCUGCAAGGCUGCUGACGAGGAUGGUAAAACUGUAAUCGUUGCAGGCCUGGAUGGUGAUUACUUAAGGAGAAGCUUUGGCUCAGUGCUUCACAUAAUUCCUCUAGCAGAUUCUGUAACCAAGUUAACAGCCCGUUGCGAAGUAUGUGGCAAACGUGCUUUUUUCACCUUGAGGAAGACAGAGGACCAAGAGACUGAACUUAUUGGUGGAGCUGAUGUCUAUAUGCCCGUUUGUCGUAUGCAUUACAUGAACAGCCAAGUUGCUUAAAGGAUUGUUCUUCAAUCUCAAACUGUCAAAACCGAUUCCCUUCUUCAGUCAGCUGCAGAUGUUUAAGGCUCAUCGGAAUUUUUCUUGCAUGCUUCAUUGAUGCAUUUGCUUUAUCCGCCUUCUGUUUAUAUUUAAAAGUUUAUGUAUAGAUGCAGUUUCUUCAUGCUCCUUUCUUAUCUUUUAUGCUACUUAUUUGCUUUUUCUGGAACUCAGGAAACAGUGUAACAAGUUUAGGCAGUUAAUUGAAUGCAUCUUCAGGAUUAUUUUUCU